CGCGCGUGCGCGCCGCCGGCGGAAGAUGGCCGCCUCCAUGCUGAAGUGGAAGCGCGUCUCGGGCUCGAGCGGUCCGGUGCCGCGGCCCCGGCACGGACACCGGGCUGUCGCCAUCAAGGAGCUGAUGGUGGUGUUCGGCGGCGGCAAUGAGGGCAUCGUUGACGAGCUGCACGUUUACAACACAGCAACAAACCAGUGGUUCAUCCCCGCAGUGCGAGGAGAUAUCCCCCCGGGGUGCGCUGCCUACGGCUUUGUUUGCGAUGGUACCCGCCUGCUGGUCUUCGGGGGGAUGGUGGAGUAUGGAAAGUACAGCAACGACCUCUACGAGUUGCAGGCGAGCCGGUGGGAGUGGAAGAAGCUCAAGCCCAAACCCCCCAAGAACGGGUCUCUGCCGUGCCCACGCUUGGGCCACAGCUUUUCCCUGGUGGGAAAUAAGUGCUACCUAUUUGGGGGUCUGGCCAACGACAGCGAGGACCCCAAAAACAACAUUCCACGAUAUUUGAAUGACGUUUAUGUUCUGGAGCUGAGGCCAGGAUCGGGGGUGGUGAGCUGGGACAACCCCAUCACCUAUGGGGUGCUGCCUCCGCCACGGGAGUCCCACACGGCUGUCAUCUACACUGACAAAGACUCAAAAAACUCCAGGCUGAUCAUCUAUGGAGGAAUGAGUGGCUGUCGUCUCGGUGACCUCUGGACCCUGGACAUUGACACCCUGACGUGGGACAAGCCAAAUGUGAAUGGUGUCUCUCCGCUCCCCCGCAGUUUGCAUUCGGCCACCACCAUCGGCAACAAGAUGUACGUGUUUGGCGGUUGGGUGCCUCUCGUCAUGGAUGACGUGAAGGUGGCCACGCACGAGAAGGAGUGGAAGUGUACCAACACACUGGCCAGUCUCAAUCUGGACACGAUGACAUGGGAGCCGGUCAUCAUGGAGACGCAGGAGGACAACUUACCCCGGGCGCGGGCAGGGCACUGCUCAGUGGCUGUGAAUUCCAGGCUGUACAUCUGGAGUGGCCGGGACGGAUAUCGAAAAGCCUGGAACAAUCAAGUAUGCUGUAAAGAUCUCUGGUACCUGGAGACAGAGCGACCGCCAGCUCCUUCUCGGGUACAGCUGGUCCGGGCCAACACCAACUCACUGGAAGUGAGCUGGGGUUCGGUGCCGACGGCCGACUCCUACCUCCUGCAGCUGCAGAAAUAUGACCUCCCGGCGGCUGCUGCCGCCUCCCCUGCCCCGCAGCCCCUCCCUUCCGUCCCCGCCGGGCAGCCGAAGAGUCCGGCCCCUGCCUCGGCGGCCCCUGCUCCACCUGCCCAGCAGCCCGGGGUGCCAGCACCCAGCUCGUCUCUGGCUGCUGCCACCCUGGCUCCAUCCCAGACUCUACUGGGCAGCGCCACUGCUGUCCGGGCACCAGGAACGCCGGCUGUGCUCCGCGUGGCCUCCCCACAGUCCGCAGCCGUGCUGACUAGUGGUACAUCCCUGAUCACGGUGCGUCAGGCAGGGCCGCAGGUCAGGCCGCCCACCCCCGCCACCACCUUAUCUACGGGGGUCCGGAUGGUUGUGUCUGCGCAGGGAACCCAAAACGUGCAGACGAUAGGCGGCAGUACACAGAUGAGUGGGAUGGCGGCUUUGGCUGCUGCAGCCGCGGCCACGCAGAAGAUCUCACCCACCACCAUCUCCACCGUGCUGGGGGUCCCUGGUUCCACCACAAUCAAAACAGUGGCCGUGGCCCCCGCAUCCACUCUGCCCACUACCGUCAAGAUGUCUUCCUCUCCCGUUAUGGUGAGCAACCCAGCCACACGGAUGCUGAAGUCGGCAGCAGCGCAGGUGGGAACUUCGGGCACCACCGCCUCCCCCAUGAGGCCAAUAAUCACGGUCCACAAGUCGGGCACGGUAACGGUGGCACAGCAGGCCCAGGUGGUGACAACGGUGGUGGCAGGGGUCACCAAAACCAUCACCCUGGUGAAGAGCCCCAUCUCCAUGACCGGUAGCAGUGCCCUGAUCUCCAGCCUGGGGAAGGUGGUCUCCCUAGUGCAGACAAAACCGGUUCAGUCAGGAGUGGUCACAGGUCAGGCGACCACGAACCCUGUCACGCAGUACAUACAGACGAAAGGCCCGCUGCCCCCAGGAGCCACCAUCCUGAAGUUAGUGACGUCGGCAGACGGCAAGCCCACCACCAUCAUCACCACGUCGCAGGCAGCUGGGGCGGCAGCUGGCAAGCCCACCCUCCUGGGCAUCAGCAGUGUCUCGCCCAGCACUGCCACUAAGCCCGGCACCACCACCAUUAUCAAGACCAUCCCCGUCUCGGCCCUGAUGGCUCAGCAGGGUGCUGCAGCCACGAGCAACACUGGGAUUAAAUCGCCAAUCACUAUCUUCACCACUAAGGUAGUGACGCCGGGGACCGGCAGCCCGGCCAAGAUCAUCACCGGCGUGCCUAAGAUCACCGGCGGCGUGGGCCAACAGGGGCUGACCCAGGUGUUAUUGAAGGGGGCUCCAGGGCAGCCAAGCACCAUCUUGCGGACUGUCCCGGUCAGUGGGAUGAGACUGGUCACGCCGGUGACCGUGUCUGCAGUGAAACCAGCUGUCACCACAUUGGUGGUGAAGGGAACCACAGGCGUCACCACACUGGGCACCGUGACGGGCUCAGUGGGGGGAGUUCCAGCUGUGGGUUCCACCACCCUGUCUGGGACAGUCGGCAGCUUCUCCAGCCAGCUCAUCAACCCUGCCGUCAUCACUGUCUCUACCGCGCAGGCAAGCCACUCCUCCACCCCACCCACCAUCUCCAUGCAGCCCGCGACUGAGCCCACCCGCGUCACACUCAUCGCCGCACCCAGCGGGGUUGAGGCUUCAUCCAUCCAGGAGCUCCCGGUCACCAUCCUGGCCUCGCCCACCACCGAGCAGCCCGGCCUGGCGCCGGGGCCAGAGGCUGGCCAGGGGGAGGGUCAGACGGCCAGCGGAGUCCCCCUGGUCUGUUCCAACCCACCCCACGAGACCUCCGAGACCAACACCACCAACACCGCCACCACCGUUACUGCCAACAUUGGUACCAAUCAGGUCCAGCCGCCUCCCACUAAUGCCCAGGGUCACCCGGAGACGGUGCACGGAGAGACAGCGACCGCAGGCACCACAAACACCGCCACAACCGUGUCUGCAGCGCAGAGUGGGGCCAACACAACCGUCACCCAGUCCACGCCCACACCCGGCCCCUCCAUCCCGAAUGUUCCUUCGAUAUCGGAGGGAACUAAUGUCACCACAGCGACUGAGCAGCCCACCUCCUCUACGUCAGAGCAGGAGUCCCUGGCGCCAUCUGGUGGAGACCCAGCCCCCCCAGCAGAGGCCCUACCUCUGGGGGAGCCGCCAUCAUCCGAACAGCUUACUCCGCCAGCACAGCUGAUGGCAGAGCGGGUCAGCGGGCCGGGUGAGCUGACAGGGCUGACGCCUGAGGAGCUGGCAGUGACAGCAGCAGCCGAGGCAGCAGAGCAGGCUGCCGUGUCCGAGGAGGUGCAGGCUCUAGCCCUGCAAGCCGUACUCCAGGCUGCCCAGCAGGCCGCCAUGGGUACCAGUGACCCAGUGGGCACGCCGGAGACAGGACAGCAGCCUCACGAGGCGGACCUGAGACAGCUGGGCACCGAGGCGGCCGAAGGCCAGCAACCAGCACUUCCAUUGGCCGUGCUUGCUCACCAGGACUUGGCUGCACUGGUGGAGGGGGCCAGCAAGAGCCAGCCCCAGCUCCCCACGGAGGCCCUGGCCCCAGCUGACAGCCUCAAUGACCCUGCAGCCGAGAGCAACGGGCUGGGUGGUGCGGCCAGCGAAGGGGGCGGGCACAGCCUCCUGUCACCCGGAACCACUGAGAGCCUGGUGCCAUCCAGCUCUCUCUCCUCGCCGCAGCCGGCGGCAGUGCCCAGUCCAGCCAAACUACAGGCGGCAGCGGCCCUGACCGAGGUGGCUAACGGCAUCGAGGGCACUGGAGCGAAAGCAGAUGCGGCCCCCAUCGCCCCGAAGCCCCCAGUGAAGAAGGACCAGAACCAGUGGAUGGACGUGGGGGUGAUCAAGGGGACGAGUAUGGUGGUCACGCACUACCACUUCCCGUCUGACAGCACCUCUCCCAGAGACGAUGACCCGUACGUGGUGCCGGACUACAGCCAGCUGAAGCGCCAGGAACUCCAACCGGGCACCGCCUACAAGUUCCGGGUGGCGGGCAUCAACGCCUGUGGCCGGGGGCCGUUCAGUGAGAUCUCCGCAUUCAAGACCUGCCUGCCGGGGUUCCCUGGGGCGCCGUGUGCCAUAAAGAUCAGCAAGAGCCCGGAUGGUGCGCACUUGACUUGGGAGCCUCCCUCCAUGACGUCAGGCAAGAUCAUAGAGUACUCCGUUUACUUGGCCAUCCAGAGCAGCCAGACCCUGGAGUUAAAGGCCAGCAGCCCUGCCCAGCUAGCCUUCAUGAGGGUUUACUGUGGCCCCAACCCCUCGUGCCUGGUGCAGACCGCCAACCUCUCCAAUGCCCACAUCGACUACACCACAAAGCCGGCCAUCAUCUUCAGGAUAGCAGCCAGGAACGAGAAAGGCUACGGACCCGCCACGCAAGUCAGGUGGCUCCAAGAAAUCAACAAAGAUGGAACAGCAGUGAAGCCAUCAGUGAAACGGCCAGUCACCUCACCAGAAAUGAAAUCCAGCAAUGUCCCAAAGAAAACGAAGGUGGACGGCCAGUGAUUUUUGUAAUCUCCCUGACAUUGCCCCACCCCCUGGACCCUCCCUCCUGCCUGCCCCCUCUCCCCACACACACACAAGACGACAAUGGAUGCGGUAAUGGAGGGACCUGGACCCAUCUCUGUUAACACCCGGCCAUUGCGUGGACCCCACAACACCCCACCCCCCAUACACGCACACCCCGGCUCCAAGCUGGAAUUGCUCGGACCCGCGGCUCCUUAUUUAAUGCAGAUUGUGACUGCACUCGACGAGUGGGACUUCAGGAGAGGACAAGACCCAACCGAUGUCUCGAUGUUUGCUGUUUUUAAAGGAGAGGAAGGAAUCUGGAUCCCCACCCAACCUACCAGUGAGGUGCUGUCGGAGGGGGGUGCAGACCGAGAGACAAGAGCCUCUGCUGCACAGAUGGUUCCCAGGACGAAGAUUUUGCUGCGCGUGUCCUCCUAUGGCGGGGUGUGACGCAAGGAUUUGCUCACAGGCAAGAGGACCCUCUGCAGGUCUUCCUGCUGUCCCCGCUCCCCCCCGCCUGCGGGUUGUUGGCCGGGCACAUGCCUCAUCGGGCAGCCUGACAUGGGAAUGAGGUGACUGGACUCCUGACGGAGCUCAUCUGGAGAGAAACAGAGGGUGCUGAGACUGUACAUAGAGCACUUCACUCUGUCCACUCGUUUAUUGGUCUGUUUUUUGUCUCUGUCUCUCUCUCUUGCUCUUUCCAUCCCUCUCUCUCUCACCCUCACUCUUUCCAUUCCCCUCUCUGCGUCCCUGUCUCUCUCUGCAAUUCUUCCC